AUGGCAAAGGACCAAGGAGUCGACGAACAAUUAAGGUUGUAUUUACCAGACCUGCCUAAAGGUCCUUUAGAUCAUUACCGGAAAAAGGCAACUUUUGAUUGGCGCCGCAUGAAAUUGGCUUAUGACAACUUGAACACAUUAAAAUUGAAACAUGAUAUUUGGAGUUUCAUGGAAAGUCAUCCGCUGUUCAAACAUACUGAAGCAACACGAGUCUUGGAUGAUGAGAGGCAUAUUGCCACAAAGAGGAUGUACACAAUCUACAAUGAACAGUUCUUGCGCUUUGAAAAGAUCGCCGAGGACCCGAAGACAUUCCAAGCUGAAAGCGAAGCAUUGUUCAUGUUCGACAGUUCCCUCGCCGUGAAAGUCUCCCUAACUUUCAGGAUGUUCAGCAAUGCUAUCCAGGGUAAUGGAAAGAGCCACCACUACCCCAUCAUCGAAGACGUGGAGAAAGCCAAGAUUGGAGGUUGUUUCGCUCUAACUGAGGUAUCACAUGGGUCCAAUGCCAAAGGAAUGAGGACCACGGCCACUUACAUUCCUGAGAAGAGACAGUUUGUCAUGCACAGUGCUGACUUCGAGGCUGCAAAGUGCUGGGUCGGGUCGCUAGGAAAAUGUGCAACCCACGCAAUUGUUUACGCCAUGUUGAUAUCUAAAGGGAAGAACCAUGGUCUCCAUACUUUCGUCGUACCUAUCAGAGACCCCAAAACCUUGAAACCUUACCCUGGAGUCAUUGUGGGAGACCUCGGCGAGAAAAUCGGCCUCAAUGGAGUCGACAAUGGUUUCGUCAUGUUCAAUAACUACCACCUGCCCAAGGAGGCGGCGUUGGACAAGUUGGGUGGAGUAGACGACAAUGGGGAUUACAAGACACCUUUCAGAGACCCUAACAAGAGGUUCGGAGCGGCCCUUGGAAUCCUAUCAGGCGGGCGAGUCCACAUCACUGCUAUAUCCACGUACUACCUGCAGAAGGCUAUCGUCAUAGCCAUCAGGUAUUCAGCAGUGAGGAAGCAGUUUGGCCCUGAGAAUGCUCAAGAGGAGACGCCAGUCUUAGAAUACCAGCAACAACAAAUCCGUCUCCUGCCGUACUUGGCAGCCACGUAUGCUAUGAAGAUAUUCUCCGUGUGGCUCAGUUGUCUGCACAUCAACAUGACUAUUAACAGCUUUGUCGGUGAGGACCCUCAGGCGGCGGCCCGCGGUAUAGAGUUGCACGCGCUGUCGUCGGCUGUGAAGCCAUUGUUCGGUUGGACCUCGAGGGAUGGCAUACAGAACUGUAGGGAGGCCUGCGGGGGACAUGGAUACUUGAAAGCGGCAGCUAUCGGCGACCUGCGCAAUGACAACGACGCCAACUGCACGUACGAGGGGGAGAACAGCCUCCUGCUGCAGCAGGCCAGCAACUGGCUGCUCAACGUCUGGGGGAGGAGGGGGGGACUCACGCCCGAAGACUCUCCCCUCGGCUCACUCCACUUCCUACACAACGUGGACCAGCUACUCCAGGAGAAAUGCCCCUGGAAGAGUGUCCAGGAAUUCAUGGAACCAGCUAAUUUGAUCCACGCAUACAAAUGGCUGACGGCGUUCACGCUGAAGAUGACGGCGGAGAAGGUGGCGCUACUGAAGGGCCAGGGCAAAGACAACUUCUCAGCCAAGAAUGAAUCGCAAUCCUACAAUGCGGUCACUCUGUCUGUUGUCUACGGAGAGAACUACGUACUGAACAACUUCUAUAAAGCUGCGCAGGAGUUUGAGGACGCUCAGUGUCGCGCCGUGCUACUCAAACUGGUCGCUCUGUAUGGAGCCUUCCUCUUGGAGAAACACUUGGCGACGCUCUACAUUGGCGGUUACCUGUGUGGAGAGCAAGGCUUGUACCUCCGCGACGGUAUCCUCCAGUUGUGUGCCGCGCUCAGUCCCGAGGCCAUCGCGCUCGUCGACUCCCUGGCGCCGCCAGACUUCUGCAUCAAGUCCAUACUAGGAAUGUCUGACGGAGAAGCGUACAAACACCUCCAGUCCAGUGUGAUGACGUACCCGGGGUCAAUGACCCGGCCCGAGUGGUGGCGCGACGUGGUGUACUGGCAGUCGUACGCACCCUCCAAGCUGUAA